UUUUGUCAUUUUAAAGAACAUGUGGCCUGAAAACCUCUGUCAUUUUGUAUACUUCUCAAUACUGCUACGUUAUCUUGGAUGAAUGGACGUGUGCAGACCUUUCCAGCGAGGCUCAGCCUGCGGUGGCUCUGAUCUUUCCUGUAGUGUCUGCUAGAGAGAUGUGAGGCUGUUUGAGGCCCUGCUGUGACUCUUCAUGGCAGGGUUAUAGGAGUGGACGGUUCAGCACUAUGUUCAGAGGCAUUGAGUGCAGAAGUCUGUCAUGUCAUGGUUUCAAGGAAGGUGAAAUGGCUUUACUGGCCAUGUGGAUCAAUGAUGUGACUCUGCAUUAGAGCUGCAAACUUCAGGGAAUUCACCAACAUGACCAGACUUCAAUGCAGGUUUAUCCAGAGAGUUGGAGAACCAGUUCAUCUGCUGAAGGAAACAAUGAUCACAUUUGUGCAUCUGCAGUAAACUUCUGUAACAGGGAAGAGAGAAGAAAGAUUUAUGUUGAUGGUAAAAUCAUUCAAAUUAUAUUGUGCAAGGGUUUGACGAGAAACACUAUUGAAAUAAACAUCGUUCUGAGCAUGUGUGUUUGUAACUUGAUUGGUGGUCGGAGAAUAUAUUUUGUUGGUAAAGAAAACAGUGGGUGACAAAGUAAUGGUGUCUCUGGAUUAUCAUUGAACAAGAAAUAAAUUCAGGCUAAAGCUGGUGUUACAUUUAUCACAUUAGAUUGUGGUGAUCAUCAGGAUUCUGGAUUGUGGCCAACUGGUGAAGAAAAGAUUAAUUAAAAUCCAGAAACUGGAGAAAGGUUUGAAUAAAAACAUGAUACUUAAUUUCCUGUCCUGAUUACAUGACAAAUGCAUCAUUUUAGUUGAAUUUGUAACUGAUAUUAUUCGCAUGCAGUUAUUCCUGGUGACUCUUUCUAGACUAUCACCAAGCCUGUCAACUUACAGUGACAUUGUGAGGAAAAACAUGUUUGACAGGAACAUUUGUAAUAUUAUAAUCUGUGGAGACUCAACUGUGGUCACAUUAAAUCUGAUUAUGAAAUUAAGGUGGUUAGCUUUUUGCCUUAACAGUCUUAGAGGACGUAAGGCUUUAAAAUACUGACCUUAUUUUGUUCUGAAACAAUGUGUAAUUCUACAAAGAUCCAUGUGAGGGCACUAUUGCACCAUGUAUAAACUGUAGGUUCUAGAGCGAGUCAUUGGCAAAAUAAAAUGCUCUAAAAUCUAGGAGGGCUUUCUUACUGCAAGUUGUGUGGUAUUGACCUACAGUUUGUUUUUAUUCUGCUUAUUAUAAGUAAGAAUCAAAUUAUGUUAGUUCCUCUAUGGAUGUAGAUAAAUUCUACCCAAUUUACAGCAGGUAUAUUGAAUAAAAUAUCAUCUGUGGACCGAGGUUGUAAGUUACUGCUAAAUAACAAAUACCAUAAGAAGUGCUUACUAAGGCUUUCAUGCUGUGAUAUAUACCUGCUGGCCACUUUAUUAGGUACACCUGUAGAAUGUAAUACAAUACAAUAGAUCAGUCAUAAAUUCACCUUUAUUAACACAAUAUUCAGUUUUCAUUUAUACUGCAAGAGAGGUGUUUUCUGAUGUUUAUUGCUGAGGUUGUAAUGUGCAGUGGUGUUGUACUGGGUGCAAUAUAAUGAAUGUGUUUCUAAUAUUGAAAAAUGGACAAAACAUAAGUAACGCCUCUUUGUAAAGGUAUUGGUUGCAUUAGAGUUUAAUUCAACUCUCUUCAUUUUAAAUCAUGUACAGCUGUUUUCACUUAACAUUUUAACAUUAAUUUGAUAUUAAUGAUUGGAUGACUUUUUUACCGUACUCUUGUUAUCUCUCGUACUUUAGAUAUAAUUUUCACAGUUAGGCAUAACUCAAAGGGAAAUCACUUGUAUGGGACAGCCUAGCCUAUUUGGCAAUAAAUCUGAUCAAUGAUUCAGUUUUACACUGAGUGCAAACCAAAGGUGGGUCUUAUGAGAGAGCGCAAGCAAAGACCAGUGACAAUCACUUUAAAUAUAUAUUAAAUUAGAUGAUGAAACCCUUUAAUAUAACUUAAUGUCACCCUUAUAGUGUGUUACUUUAUGCAUGUAUGUAUGGAUGCAAUCUCUGUAUGAAAUGUGAAGGGUUUUCUUACCUGUUACUGAACUGAUUGAUUAAUUGAAACAUUGGCCAAGUUAUUAUCAUUAUCAUAUAAAAAAAACCCAGAGACCAUAAAUGCAGACAUGUAUGUAAUAUCUUACCUUACUCAAUACAAAAUGAUGAGAAGGAAUUUUGUAUUUUAUUGUGGAGUGAAUAAACUGUAAAGCUGGAGCGGAAAUGACGUCAUUACUUUCGGUUUCAUCGCGCACUGAUUAAAAACAAAGUGAAGUGAAUCAUGAAGUUAUCAGGAGUGAGCUUUAAAGUAAGUUACCACUGUCGAUUCAGUUUGAAUUAGUCGCGGUGUGUUUCCCUGUGAUAGAAAUGUUAUCGAGUUAACUAAUCAGUCGACACUAAACUCACUCGGUAGUAUUUCUAAAGUAUUUGGCGGAUAUUUUCGAUCAGAAAAAAGCAAGAUUUAACUUUGCAAAGAGUGUGAUUCUUGUCUGUACUACUUUAACCGCUGCAUUCGCUCUUUCACUGGCAUUAAUUUUAGUUUCCAGAAGUAUAAAAGAAGCUGCGGGUGCCAAGAGCCGCAUUACUUUCACUUUCGAUGAAACCUGGAAUUGAAGUUUCAGUACCUCCAACACCGACGUGAGGAUGGAGAAAAAGGGAAGUAUGAUUGAGGUUUUGGGCGUGCCAGAUGUUGCACCGGCUGAGAAGACAUGUGCUCAACUGCAACUGUAUUUCCUCAAAACCAGACAUGGAGGAGGAGAUGUGGAGAGGGUGGUGUACCCCUGCUAUCAGCCCGGGCAGGCUUUCAUCAUAUUUAAGAAGCCAGAGAUUGCUGCUCGAGUAUUGCAAAGGAGCCCCCAUGUGUUGGAAAUGAAUAAUCAAAAAUACCAUCUGACAGUGAAAGCACCUGAGCAUACUGAGGUGGAUUUACCAGUGGAGGCGACAGUAAAUUUAAGUACUUUCCCCGAUGAGGCAGAGGUGCGAAGAAUCCUCAGGUCACAUGGCUUUGAGUUGACAGAUCUGAGCGGCGAUCAGGUGCGUGUCAAGGGGUCGUUUUUGAAACUGAAGGCUGUGAAGGCGUCUUUGGAGCAAAUUCUUCAAUCGCAAACUAAGACGGACAUCAGGCCCGUCCCAGCGGUUUCAUCUGGAGCCAUUUCCAAACACUACAACAGUAACAGCUCGAUGUCAAAUGGUGGCAGAGGCCGAGACAAACCUCCGCAUGCCUCUCCAUCUUCACCCACCACCUCCUCAUCUUGGACGCCCUUCAAACAUCUAACCCUGCGUGGCUCACUCAGGUCUGGAAGGGAGUCCUUUGUCGUUGAUGCAGAUGUGUUUAGCUAUGCAGACCGGCUCAGGAAAAGAGACAUUGACACAAUCCUGGUCAGCCAUGCUGUUAGAAUGGAUGUGCGUGAAGUUGGUGACAGCUGCAACAUCACUUUACUGGGGAAUGGCUCGAGGAAAGCUGUGGGUAAACUUCAGAGCCUCCUGAAUGAUCUCAACAAGUCGCUGCGCAGACAGGAAGUUCCUCUGAAGCAAGUGGAUCAUGAUGGCCAGGCUCUUUUGGAGAGAAUUCGGAAAGACAAAAACGUGUACAAUUUAGUGCUGGUAUGUCAGAAGAAUGAUCAACUUCACCUGAUCGGACCAUCUGGUGAGAGCUACGAAUUACAGCAGAGGCUGUUAGGGAGGACGGCUGACCAGUCGGGACGUACAGGAAGGACAUCGUACAGAAGCUCCAGUAGGAGGAGCAGCUCUCUGCCACCACUCAGUCGCAAGUACACAGAAAGAGAUAGUGGUGCCAAUGCUAAUCUAUCUCCUGCAGGAGCUGCUAGUUACUCUCUGCCACACUACCAAGAUGAUAAACAGAAAGCUGCUGAGCCCAAGCGGGCUUUUGGUCGAGGAGGUUGGAAGAGAAGAAGCCACUCUGAGACCCACGACAAAACCCGGGCAGAAGGGGUUAAAGAGCAAGAGACAGAAAGCAGACGUCCACCUCCUAGAUCAGCCAAGAAAUUCUUCAUGGAAUUACCAUAUUUCAAAGAUAUAAAGAAAAAGUUUAAAAAUAUGAAAAAAUGACAAAAGAGCAAUGAAGUAAUGUUGAUGAAGGUAGAAAAACAGCACUGAAACUUUACUCAUCUUGUCUCAGGUUACAUCUUAAGCACUACUUUUUGACCAUGCAUAAAUACCUGCUGUAUGCCAUACUGAGUAAUAGGUUUGAGUAUGCAGGUGCAUGGCGUUGUAUCCUAAAGUGUGAUUGAUACUGGAUUCUGGAGGCCAAUAGCAAUACUGAUAUUUGACUGUAGCAUAAAGACUGGAAAUGAGGACACAGCUUUCUCUGUCCAAAGGUAACCAGCCCUGCCUACCAGCACCUUUUAAGCUCAUUAAAGCUGGGGUAGGUAGAAAUCUGGAGGAGGCAAAAACAUGUGCACAAUUUGAAAAUCCACCCUCCUCCUCCUGCUCCUCCCUCUCUGUAAGCCCCUCCCACCAGACAACCACAGACAUAAGCGUUUCAUACAGUAACCCAGUGUUUCCUAUAUAUUAAUUUAUUUGAUCCUGUUUCAUGAUAGAGUUUCAUGAUAGAGGUAGCCACUCCACUGUCCUGUCGCCUCACUCCCUACCACUGUGGACUGCUUCCUCAGGAGGAGAGGGAGUGGCUAUAGUCAGUGCAAACCCCCCAGCGGCAGGUGUUACAGCAGGCUGGUGGCCAGUGGAAUCAUCAGGUCUAACCUGUGUAACAGCAGCAACAGAAAGUUUGCUGAUCCAGUGCUGUUUGGUUCCCUGGAGCUGGGGUUUGUGUUGGCUGGAUUCAGGUUGCUGCGGCCUCUGACUGGGGGUCCAUCUCUGGAGCUCCUGCCAGCUCUCCUCCAGGUGAGGUGGAGAACACAGCGAUUUAAGGCUCUAGCUAAUGUUAGCAACAUUUUCUCUCCAUCUCUAUUAGACUCUCUUUUAGAUCCUCUUUUUGAUAACUCCGUCCUCCUUUUUUGCAUUGCUCUGCAGUGUAGGCAGUUGUUGCCAAUGCUGGAACACCAACUUUUUCUGAAGAUUCUUCGCCAUUGAAUCAGGCUUUCCCUGCAUGCAUCUGCAUUUAAGAGCAGCCAAUAGGAGCGCCUUCCCUGAAAAAUCUCCUGUCACUGCCUAAAUUUUUUAAAGCCUGAAAAAAGAGCCAAGAGGAGGUGCAGAAGUCUAGUGUUCUCUCAGACCACUUGAAUUACAAUAUGUUAUAAGUCUAUUAUAUUAUUUUGGCCCAAUGAAUCCAAAAUAAACCUGCCUACCCCAGCUUUAAUUAACACUUUAUAUCUUGUCUGUUCAAGCUGUGGCAUUUUUGGGGUCAUGUGCUUUGACAGUUUCCUGGAGAGAGCAAGGAUAGCUGUUUCUACAGCUGUACAAUAUACCGUAUUUGUACUAAGCUACAAUUAGUUGAUAAGCCAUACAGAUAUAUCGAUUGUGCCUUGUAGUUUGGUUUGGACUUUUUUUAUUCAGCUCUGCUUAAUGAUUAUAGUUGAAGUGAAAAAUGCAAAUUGAUCUGUCAGAUUGAUGAAUGUUGUUGUCAUGUGGUGCAAUAUACUGAUUUAGACUCUAACACUAUAUUCUCCUGAUGUCAAAAUAUUCAUUGUAUUUGAAUAAUACAUUAUUCAACGUCUUCUGUCACGAGAACAGUCAGUUAUUUGAAGCCUGUGACUGACUUCUCUUGCAAAGUUGUAUUUCACCAUUGCUAGUUGCUUGCACUGUAAUGACUGGUGAACGGGAAAUUAUAAACUGAAUGGCUUAAAAUAUAAUUUGUGUAAAUGGGAAAACACUAACAUUAAUAUCAUGGGUAAUCUGAAGGAUCUUUGAGUGUUAAAUAAAUGUGAUAAUGAGAAUAA